AUGCGUGCGCAAGUUGAGACACCUCUCACGUCUACGUCGACCUCUGAUGACUCUAUAUACGUCCGCGUGCCACCAUCUCGGCUUCGUGGAGUCGAAAAGCAAGCUCGACGACCAGUGACGAGUCCGUCGGCGCAGACGGCCAAGCUUCUUGUCGCAGUGCGAACGAGACCAGUUGAAGUAUCGGUGGACAACGCGGCGAGAGGCGAAAACGCGGAGCGUAGCGCUACAUCCGUAUCGACGCCAAACGCACGUUUAACGAGCUCGACGAACGCACUGUCGUCUUCGGUGCAGUCCUUAUCUGGAAUUGGUCGCAAGAAGAGCAUAUUACGCGUCGUCAAUCGCGACACAGUGGUCGUGAUGGACCCCGACGAAGAGAAAGCAUACUUGGACCAAGUGCAACGGCGGAGCAAGGCGCGGCGAUACACCUUUGACGUCGCCUUCAACGACACGGCGACGAAUGCGGAAGUCUACGACGCUACUGGUCGUGGUUUGAUAUCGGGCGUCGUAAACGGCAUGAACUCGACCGUGUUCGCGUACGGCGCGACGGGUUCAGGCAAGACGCACACGAUGAUCGGCAACUACGAUGAACCGGGAAUGAUGUUUCUUUCACUCGUUGACAUAUUCGAUCAAAUCAAGUCAUUGCGCGAGAGCUACGAAUUCGAAGUCAAGUGCUCGUACUUGGAGGUGUACAACGAGCUGAUUUACGAUUUACUCAUCGUUGACAGCCCACCGCUCGAACUGCGCGAGGAUCCCGAGCGCGGCCCAGUUCCGAUGGGCUUGACGCGCAUCGCAGUCAAGGGUCCGGACGACAUCACGAAACUCUUGCACGAAGGUAACGAGCGUCGUAGCAUCGAUCACACCGAAGCAAACGCGACGAGUAGCCGUUCUCACGCAGUCUUAGAGAUUAGCGUGAAGCGUUGGGAGAAGAGCGCCAAGGGCAAAGAGAAACACGUUUUAUGCGGCAAGCUCUCCUUGGUUGAUUUGGCAGGGAGCGAGCGAGCGUCGGACACGCAAAACUGCGGACAGAAACUCCGUGACGGUGCGAAUAUCAACAAGAGCUUACUGGCAUUGGCAAACUGCAUCAACGCUCUGGGACGUCACAGCAACUCGAAGGCGAAGGGCCGCAUGUACAUCCCAUACCGCAAUUCCAAGUUGACCCGUCUGUUGAAGGAUGGUUUGUCGGGAAAUUCACGAACAGCGAUGAUAGCCACCGUGAGUGCUUCGAGCGAACAGUACAACCACACCAUCAAUACCUUGAAAUAUGCCAAUCGGGCGAAGGAGAUCAAGACCAACGUGGCGCAAAACGUCGUCAUCACUCGCGAGCGGCAUCACAUCGGCGAUUAUCAACACGUGAUUGAUGAUUUGCAAUCGAAAGUCGCGCGUUUGAAGACACAGUUGGCGAAUAAAGAGGCGACGCCGAGCACGAGUCAGCCGAGAAUGAGCGGGGGUGGUUCUUUCUCCGAGGCUUGGUUGGAUGCGUUGAGCGACGAUAUAAAUGAAAACGUCGAGGAGCGCAUUAAUAUUCAAAAGGCACUGUUUGAGCUCGAAGAUAUCAACGCACAAAACGUGUACGAGCGUUCGGCGCUCAAACGCAGGCUGGUGGAAAUCACAGAAAAGAACCCGAACAACGUCGAACGACGGAAUCUUCGCGGGCGCAUCGACGCCAUCGAUGAAACCAUUCGCGCGAAUGAAUCCCUCGGCGCAAAGUACCGAAAAGACAUAGAAGCGAAUGAACUCGUUCGAGUCGCCAUUCAAUCGCGCAUAGACGCCGCGAUCGCUGAAGGUAAAUCGCCUAGUUUCUUGCGAAUUCUUUCACAGUACAGGCUCGUCGGGGUGAAGAACAUGGAGUUGCACUUUCAGCUCGCCAUUCGCGAUCAAAUAGUCAGCGAGCAGCGUGAGAUGAUUCGUGGGUUUUGGGAAGUCAUGGCCCACGCUGGAUUGAGUAAGACUCUAGUGCAAGACAUCGCAACUCGUGAGGGUAUACGCAUCGAC